UAGCGUUCAAUAGAUAACCCAUUAGAAUGGGUUUAAUUGAAAGAUCAACAAGUUAAAAUGGAUUAUUUCUAAGAUUACGUAAUGUUUGCAGAAAUACGCUAACACAUUUAUAAAUAUGAGUAAUUCAACAAUCAAUGCUUUAGUUUUUAUCUAUUUCCUUAAAAAUCACGUGAUGUUGAAAGGCUCUAAGUGAUUUUUUUGUUUAAUUAUUGCAUGUAUAAAGCAUAUGGACUUGUACGCAUUUGAAGAGCUGACGCGUACAGCUGGCCGUAAUAUUUCCAUUCAAUCAUCUAAUACGUUGUGACAAAGCCAGAGUCCCGUCAUCAUUCAUUGUUAUGAUUAACUGAUCUUAGACUUAGUGUAUUGUGUAUACAGUUUACCAGGAAGUACUAUUGAUCAUGGAUUUUCAAACUUUUGCAACUCUGCUAAUUCUAACGGUAUCAGUUGAUGUUGCAUGGGCUGAUUGUGAGGGUAUGACACAGUGUAUGGACAAGUUUUCAAGCAAGAUACACAAUAUAAACUUCACUUUAACAAACGAACAAAGUAUUGUCCACUUUCUUGAUGCCAUAUGCAAGAAUUCUGAUGCCUUGGCUAAAUGUUACAACCCACAGAAUAUAGGUGGAUGUUCUUCGCUCUCACAGAUUGUGUCGUAUAAUCCAUCAGAGGAAAAAAUGAAAGAUGAGUUUAACAAAGUUUGUUCCAAAAAGCAAGAUCUGUUAUCAUUUAUGAAGUGUAUCUCAAAGCUACAAGUUGCAAAAGGAAUGUCAGAAUGUGCUAAGAAAAUGAUGCAGAACUCCCAGUCUGAAAACAAAGAUUCAUCAGAAUGCUCAAUCCAAUCCGAAUUAUUUACCUGCAUGACAAACUCUAUGCAAGGACAUUGUACAGGUGAAGCUGUAGAUUUCUUCAAAACCACACAAAAUGAGAAAUACAGUAUGACCUGCACGGCGACGUCCACAAUUACCAACAUACUUCUUCUGUGCGGUAUUUUUUUGAUGAAACAAUUACUGCUCUAAAUUCCUAGCGUUGUUUUGCAUCUUGCUGGAAAGCUUAACAAUAAUACACCGAAGAAAUAUUUAGACCAGGAAGUUCUGUUCAAAAGACAAGGUCCCAGUGGAAUAUCUAAAGUUAUAGUACUUAUUCAUUGAUGAUUGAUGACGUUUUACACAUGUACCAUUGUAUAUAUUUGUUACCUGUUCACUUACAACUUACACAUCAUUGUUCUGUAUCUAGCAACUUUAAAAAGAUCGUUUGAGAUGUAAACUACGGAAUCAUUUAUAUUCGUGGGAUAUAUUUUUUUUUAAUUUCAUAGGUUAAGGAAAAUAAAGGCAACAGUAGUUUACCGAUGAUCAAAUCUCGUAAAUUGAUGAAGAUGACAAAUCAAAGUAAAAAACAAGAACUAAGGGAAUCGUACGAAUUUGGAUACUCUAUGAUAUAUCUUUUUUAAGUCUCUCUUAAUUCGAACUAGAUAAUAUCCUUGUUUAAGUAUGACAUUAUGCAUUUUUUUGUACAAGUGUAAGAAAAGAUGAACAUGGUAUUGUGAUUAAACAUAGAUACAUGUAGCUGAUGAAGAAAAUAUCGAUGACUAUUUUUUAUACAGGUUAAAUUGUGUUCAGCAUUGAAAGCAAUGAACGUAAAUGUAUAAGUAGUAGUAUCUGAAAGACGUUACUUAUUAAACAAAACUUUCGAAAGUCUGCAUUUUGUUUUGAAAAUGUCUUUUGUUCCUUUUUUUAAUGAAUUCUUAAAGUGUGUCCAAAUGUAUGAAACUUGUAGAUGACAAUACAAAAUUAAAAAAAAAAUAUUGAAUAAUGUUCAUAAACUUUUGUAUACGUAUUUAACAGUGAACCGUGGAUUUUAAUAUCGAUUUAAAAAAAUGCAAAAUGGCUUAGUCCUGCUGAAAUAAAAACUCGUGAAACUCGUCCCUCUCUGUUUAAGACAAAAAUAACAUGUUGAAUCUGAAUUGUACAGAUGCGCUUCGAAGGGAAGGUGAUAAAUUAUUAUGUUAGAAUGAUGUUUAACAAAGGCCAAAAUCUGACAUGUGUUUACAUAGCAGUAAAAUGAAACAUUUGAAAGAGUCAUUACAUUAACCAUCACAAUAAAGAGAGAGAACGAAAAUCUCGGAUAGUCAAGAAGAUUAAUAAUUUUUAGUACAUAAAUGCACUAAUCAAACAGCCUUAUGUCGAUGGAACAUCACUGAAUGUUACUUAACUUUACGUGCGACGAGCAACAUGAUGGAUACCACUGAAGGAUGUAGAACCCUUUAGAUACCUGCAACACCUUUAACAAAAAAUCUUACAAGUAAAAAUACUCUAAAGUCAUGAACAUUGCAAUUACAACUUGCGAUCAAUUUUAAUCGUAUGUUUUUUUUGGUAAAAAUAGUUUCGGAAUAGUCGUAUGAUCGGUAAAUUUACCAAAGGUUUCUUAUUCCCGUUUGGGACAUUUUGGCUGAGCGUGAAUUCGUAUGGCGGUUGAUGCAUACAAAGCAAGAGGCUCUUACUCUGUCAACACACCCAGUAUCUCCUCUUUUGUAGUUCAGGCAAUUCCAUCAGUUUACCAGAUUAUAGUAACUGUUUACGAAUCCAGAGCACCAGAGUUCAGUAUCUUAUUUUAACGAGGUUAGUUUGCUCAAUCUGUAGUUUAAAGCUGUUUGAUCGCCCCCUCCCCUCGCUUUGGUAUAUUACCUUUCAACAUGUAUGUAAGAAAGACGUCCUGCUCGUGCACUACUUAUUGUCGGUGUUCAUCUAGUAUUUUUUUUUAAAUAAGGAAACACUUUGACAUCAGACGAAAAUACGUAAAUGAUUAUUUAUUAAAUGCAUGUGUUGAUCGAAUUUGUUAGUGCCAUGGUCAAGUAGAUAUAUAUAUAUGAAUUAUCUUAAAGUUGCUUAAACGUCAAGUGGGUAUUAUAUGUUAACUUAUUUGUUGAGAUAUACUUUGCAAACCCGUUUAAUUAAUUAAGUCUUAAUGAAAUAUUUCCUGUCAUUUCUCUUGCUUAACGAUUAGAAGUGUUAGACGAAUGUAGCGAAUUAUUUGUAUCAUAGCUACAUUUUGUAACCAAUCGUUCAUUAUAAAACUAUGCACAGAAAGAAAGUGCCUGUAAAAUCUUGAAAUAAACAGGAUAUAAAUAUCCUAA